AUGGCUAUCACGAGGAGGGGAAAGGAUAAGGGCGCAAAGCCCGAACGAGCUGCUGGAGGUGGAGGCGGCGCCGCAAAACCGAAGAAAGCCACAUUCGAGACCACGAAGAAGAAGGAGAUCGGAGUUUCGGACCUGACUCUUCUAAGUAAGGUCUCGAAUGAAGCGAUCAACGAGAACCUGAAGAAGCGUUUCGAGGGCCGCGAAAUCUACACAUACAUCGGCCAUGUCUUGGUCUCCGUCAACCCAUUCCGCGACCUCGGCAUCUAUACCGAGCAGGUCCUAGAGAGUUACAAGGGGAAGAACCGAUUGGAGAUGCCUCCUCACGUCUACGCGAUCGCUGAGGCAUCAUACUACAAUAUGAAGGCCUACAAAGACAACCAAUGUGUUAUCAUCUCCGGAGAGUCCGGUGCCGGCAAGACCGAGGCGGCAAAGCGCAUCAUGGAGUACAUUGCCAACGUGUCGGGUGGCUCAUCCGGUGAGGUUCAGCAGAUCAAGGAGAUGGUGCUGGCAACCAACCCACUGCUAGAGUCCUUUGGAAAUGCAAAGACGUUGCGAAACAACAACUCGUCGCGUUUUGGAAAGUAUUUGCAAAUACAUUUCAACGGGCAGGGUGAGCCGGUGGGAGCGGAUAUCAUCAAUUAUUUGCUUGAAAAGUCCAGAGUGGUUGGCCAGAUCACAAACGAAAGGAACUUCCACAUUUUCUACCAGUUCACGAAAGGCGCGUCGCAACAUUACAGAGAGAUAUUCGGUAUUCAGAAGCCGGAAACAUAUGUCUACACAAGUCGAUCGAAGUGUUUGAAUGUAGACGGCAUUGACGAUUUGGCGGAAUACCAAGAAACGCUGAACGCCAUGAAAAUUAUUGGUCUUUCUCAGGCGGAACAGGACAAUAUCUUUCGCAUGUUGUCAGCAAUUCUCUGGACCGGCAAUCUAGUCUUCCACGAAGAUGAUAGUGGAUAUGCUGCUGUGUCUGACCAAUCUGUGGUUGACUUCCUGGCAUAUCUGCUGGAAGUCGACUCAAAGCAGCUUGUUAAGGCUAUAACGAUCCGCAUUCUGACCCCUAGAAACGGCGAGGUCAUCGAGUCUCCCGCCAAUGUUGCCCAAGCCACUGCUACCCGUGACGCGUUGGCGAAAGCCAUUUACAACAAUCUCUUUGACUGGAUUUGUGAGCGCAUCAACCAAUCGCUCAAGGCUCGGCAAGCAACCAACAACUCUAUCGGAAUCCUCGAUAUCUAUGGAUUUGAGAUCUUCGAGAAAAACAGCUUCGAGCAGCUCUGCAUCAACUAUGUCAACGAGAAACUGCAGCAGAUUUUCAUCCAGCUGACCUUGAAGACUGAGCAAGAGGAAUAUGCGAGGGAGCAGAUCAAAUGGACACCAAUCUCCUAUUUCGAUAACAAAGUCGUGUGCGACCUGAUCGAGUCUACUCGGCCUCCUGGCAUAUUUUCUGCGAUGAAAGAUGCAACGAAGACAGCCCACGCAGAUCCCGCGGCUUGUGAUCGAACUUUCAUGCAGAGCAUCAACGGCAUGUCUAAUGCGCAUCUUACCCCUCGACAAGGCAGCUUUAUUGUCAGGCAUUACGCUGGUGAUGUGAGCUACACAGUGGACGGGAUUACGGAUAAGAACAAGGAUCAGCUUCUGAAGGGUGUACAGAACCUGUUCCAGAUCAGCCAGAAUCAGUUCGUGCAUACGAUAUUCCCCCACCAGGUCGACCAAGACAAUCGAAAGCAGCCACCAUCAGCCGGUGACAGAAUCAGGACUUCCGCCAAUGCUCUAGUAGAGACCUUGAUGAAGUGCCAGCCAUCAUAUAUCCGUACAAUUAAGCCAAACGAAAACAAGUCGCCUACAGAGUAUAACGUUCCCAACGUUCUACAUCAAAUCAAGUAUCUUGGUUUGCAGGAGAACGUUCGAAUUCGACGAGCUGGAUUUGCUUACCGACAAAGCUUUGAGAAGUUUGUGGAUCGCUUCUUCUUGCUGUCGCCAGCAACAUCAUAUGCUGGUGAAUACACUUGGCAAGGUUCUUAUGAGGCCGCUGUAAAGCAAAUCUUGAAGGAUACUAGCAUUCCCCAGGAAGAAUGGCAGCUCGGAGUGACCAAAGCAUUUAUCAAGUCUCCCGAGACACUGUUUGCCUUGGAGACAAUGCGUGACCGCUACUGGCAUAACAUGGCAACCAGAAUCCAACGUAUGUGGAGAGCAUACCUCGCCUACAGAGCCGAGUCUGCCACACGCAUUCAGCGAUUCUGGAGAAAGAAGAGAGUUGGUGCCGAAUACCUGCAGCUUCGAGACCAGGGUCACCGAGUGCUUGCUGGACAGAAAGAGAGACGUCGGUACAGUCUUCUUGGUUCGCGCCGUUUCUUGGGAGACUAUCUUGGUAUCAAUGCAUCAAGCGGACCUGGAUCACAAAUUCGCAAUGCCAUCCAGAUUGGCAGCAACGAAAAGGCGAUGUUCUCUUGUCGUGGUGAAAUCCUUGAGGCGAAGUUUGGCCGAUCUAGCAAACCUAGCCCAAGGAUCCUCAUUGUCACAAACAGCAAGUUCUACAUCGUCUCACAGAUGCUCGUCAACCACCAGGUGCAGAUCGCGAUUGAACGCGCAAUCCCGCUUGGUGCUAUCAAAUUUGUCAGCACCUCUAAAUGCCGGGAUGACUGGUUUUCGCUGGGUGUCGGCUCUCAGCAGGAAGCCGAUCCUCUGCUCAACUGUGUGCUUAAAACCGAAAUGUUCACGCAGAUGCAGCGUGUAAUGCCAGCUGGGUUCAAUCUCAAGGUUUCUGACCAGAUUGAAUAUGCAAAGAAGCCUGCUCCUCCUGCAAAGGCAAAGAUCAUGGCGAAGGUCCUCUAUGAUUUUGCUGGGCAGAAGGAGAACGAGCUGACAGUCCAAGCUGGUGAUCUAAUUGAGGUUGUUCAGAAAGAGAACAAUGGAUGGUGGUUAGCAAAGAAUGCUGGUGGUCAGGCCUGGGUCCCAGCUGCCUAUGUUGAAGAACAAGCACCGGCACCCGCGCCUGCACCUAGAGCUCCUCCCCCUCCUCCCGCCCCUAACGGAGCUGCCCGGGGCAAGCCGGCCGCACCUCAACCACCGGCGAAACGCCCUGCUGCCGGCCGUAAACCGGCUGCCCUUCAGCCUCGUGAUUCAGGAAUGAGCUUGAACGGCGCGAAUGGCUCGGAUAGUAGCCGAAGUAACACGCCAACACCAAGUCUUGGUGGAAGCUUAGCUGAUGCUCUUCUGGCCCGGAAGAAUGCAAUGCAGAAGAGGGAUGAAGAGGACGACUGGUAA